AUGUCCAAACAAGAAGGGGCGGAAUAUUUGAUAUGGCAAGGACCUGCUAACAUCCAAAACAACAAGCGAACCUGCUUGGUUGUGUCGCGCAGUCAGAGGGCAAUGAAAGAGAGCAAGUAUUGCAAGUAUUGCGUGGUACGAGCUUGCGUUCUGCUGUGGGGAUUACCGUCAGUGAAUUGGCACUUCUUUAGUCACGAAGCUCCACUGAAUGCUAAUCGCUUGUCUCCUCUGCCUGGCGACAAAAAAAUCCACAUCUGA